GAACACGGUGUGUGAGGUGUGUUUGGGUGAGGUGCUUCGGUCUGUCUUCUAGAAAGUUCCAGCAAAAGACACCACUCAACGAGGGUUGAGAGCGCACGUCAACAGUUUGUCCACCGAGGGAAACGCAUUCGCCGUUGAAAAUGUCUGUUAUUUCCGAGGAAAAUGUGCGAGGUGGGAGUCUUUUCAAGGAUAUCAGCGCCGACAACGAAGACUUGGAGCCCACGGAGAUCGAGAGCAUGUGUAUGAAUUGCUUCCAGAACGGUACGACACGUUUACUUCUGACCAAAAUCCCAUUCUUUAAAGAAAUAAUCAUCAGCUCAUUCAGCUGCCAAAACUGCAGCUGGAGUGACACUGAAAUCCAGUCUGCAGGCCGGAUUCAGAAGCAAGGCGUUUGCUACACGCUAAAAGUAAAAACAAAACAGGACUUGAACCGGGAGGUUGUAAAAGCAGAUAGUGCGACCACCAGGAUCCCCGAGCUGGAGUUUGAGAUCCCUCCUUUCACCCAGAAAGGUGCACUUUCAACCGUUGAGGGCCUCUUAGACCGAGCAGUUGCAGGGUUGGAGCAAGACCAACCUGUCAGGCGAGCCACUGACCCCCAGGUGGCUGAGAAAAUAGACGAAUUCAUCCAGAAGUUGAGGAAGCUGAAAGAGGUUGAAAACGAAUUCACUCUGGUGAUUGAGGAUCCAUCUGGAAACAGUUUUGUGGAAAAUCCAUUCGCCCCUCAAAAAGAUGAGGCUCUCAAUCUGUCCUGGUUCAAGCGGACGGUCCAGCAGGACAUCCAGCUGGGACUGAGAGCUGAUGACGACUUGGACGAGGAACCGGCUGGCAACAACAUAGAGGCCAUGAGAAAUGAGGUUUUGGUCUUCGACACCAACUGCCCAGAGUGCAACGCGCCAGCCUCGACCAACAUGAAGCUCGUCCAGAUCCCUCACUUCAAGGAGGUCAUCAUCAUGGCCACCAACUGCGACAGCUGUGGCCACCGGACCAACGAGGUGAAAUCAGGUGGAGCCACAGAGGACCUGGGCACCAAAAUCACCCUUCACAUCACCGACCCUUCAGACAUGACCCGAGACGUGCUCAAGUCAGAGACGUGCUCCGUCGCCAUCCCCGAGCUGGAGUUUGAGCUGGGGAUGGCAGCCGUUGGCGGGAAGUUCACCACCCUGGAGGGGCUGCUGAAGGACAUCAAAGACUUGAUCGUCGCCAAAAACCCCUUCAUCUGCGGCGACAGCGGCACUACAGAUCGGUUGCAGAAGCUGAAUGAGUUCGGGGAGAAGAUAGACAAGGUUGUAGCUGGAGAAAUGAACGUCCAUGUCAUCCUGGACGACCCGGCAGGGAACAGCUAUUUGCAGAACGUGUACGCUCCGGAACCAGAUCCUGAGAUGACCAUUGAGAAGUACACCCGCUCCUUUGAGCAGAAUGAGGAACUCGGCCUGAAUGACAUGAAGACUGAGGGAUAUGAAGAGUGAAAAUGAACUGGCAACAGCAGCUGAAAGGACUAAAUAUCCUGUCAAAAACCCAGUGAAAUUAUACUGCUCCUUGUUUUCAUACAUUUUAAGUUAGAAACUGGGUGGAUGGUUGUUCAUGUCAGCAUAUUAAUCAGUAAGAGGAAUUCUGAGUUGUCUAAAUGUACAUUAAAGUAAAAAUCAACCAUAAAAACAUGAGUAACUUGAUUUGUACACAUGGAUACUGCUGUUACGAAAGAUAAAUCCUCACUCUUGCAUUCUUGUGACUACCCAGA